GAGGGAUUUCACUACUUCCACACAACAUGAGCUACAUAUAGAAAUUUCAUUUGUUUUAAAGACUUCUUUUGCUGUCUGAAUUUGGUUGUACAUAUUUGUAAAACUUUAUGGAUAUUCAGCAAGACCAUUUGUAAUUCAUUGCAAUGGAAUACUAUCUGAAAGAUUUUGUUUAAUCGCCAUUAAUUCACAUUCAGGACAAGAUGGCUUCUCUCAUCUCAGAAAACUUCAAAUUUAUUGCACUCUUCUUCAAGAGUAAGGAUGUCAUGAUUUUCAAUGGUCUGAUAGGUUUAGGAACAGUGGCCAGUCAGACAGCAUACAAUAUUUUUGCAUUUAACUGUCCAUGUUCACCAAAGAAAAAUUAUCUGUACGGUCUGGCUGCCAUUGGUGUACCAGCCCUGGCUUUCUUUGUCAUUGGUUUGAUGCUCAAUCGAAAUACCUGGGACGUUGUGUCAGAGUGUCGUACUAGAAAAUGCCGGAAACUAUCAGCGACUGCUGCUUUUGCUCUGUUGGGCUCUAUUGUGGGCAGAGCAAUCGUUGCCCCCAUCACUUGGUCGGUUAUUUCCCUCCUGAGAGGGGAGGCGUAUGUCUGUGCUCUUAGCGAGUUUGUAGACCCCUCUUCUUUGGAUAAUUUCCCUCCUACUACAAAGAUUCCAGAAAUCAUGGCCCGGUUUCCAUGUAAGGAUUUACCGGCUCCAUUUAUGAACUACUCAAGAGUGAUUGAACGCCAGCUACAGUAUGAAUCCCAGCUGUUGGGCUGGUUGCUGGUGGGAAUCAUCUCCCUCACUGUCUUUCUGCUCCUCUGUCUAAAACACUGCUGCUCUACCCUUGGCUACCAGCAGGAGGCGUACUGGUCCCAGUAUCGUUCCAACGAACAAGCUCUUUUCCAGCGUACAGCUGAAGUGCAUGCUAAAUACCAUGCAGCUGAAUGUGUCAAGAGCUUCUUUGGCUUUGCGGCCUUGGAUAAUGAGGAGAAGGAGCUUCUUGCAAGCUGUCAGGGAAUCAAGAAUGUCAUUCCCAGACUGGAGUGGAACCGCGUCACUGGAGUUUACAUGUACAGAGAGAUCGAUGACACUCCCCUGUACAGUCGCUUGAACAAAUGGGACAUGUAUACAAAGGAGUUCAACGAUUGAAAAAGAUUUUGGGGUCAAGCAAAGUGAAUCAACCCUCAUUCCCCUCCCAGCCCUGUCUUACACAGACCCAUCAGAGAGAAUCUGACUCGGCCUGCCUGUCUGCUCGCCUGGCCACUGUCACCUCCUAAUAGCCUUCAGCUGGAGAGAAGUAGGAGGAAGAGAGAGAGAGCACAGGAUAGAAAAAGAGAGGGGGAGUGCGAGGAGGGGGCGGGUGAAAGGAGAGCUGUGAUCCAGACAGCGAAUCACAUGAGCAGAGAUCUGUUUACAAACUGAGCAGGAGAGAAGUCAUCGGCACCAUUACGUGGAGGCAGGGCUGCAAGAAAAGGCGACAGGAAACACACAGGAAUCUCAUCACUUUGUCUGGAAAAUGCAUUUUAUCCUUUGUGUAUUUGCAGCGGAGAAGCCAGACCAGAUGGUGUGAGAAAGACACAGCUUUGAAUGUGCUGCACUCACAAGCUUUCGCUCUGACGGCUGUAUGCCACUGCUCUUCCUCUUUCUUUGUUACGGGGAAAACGGUUGAUUGUAACGUGAGGGCGAUAAUCUUGAGCGAGAAGACUAAAGGAGAGUGGAUGACGGCAGCAAAGGAAGGGGUGAGCUUUGUGACAGUGUUUUGAAGAUAGACAAAGAAAUCUGUGACUCUCUGUAAUGUACAUUUUGUCUCUCACUGCUUUGUUAUCGUGACUCUACAGAGAGGUGAAAAAUGAAAAAAGCCAGUGACAACAACUUCACGUCAAGCGGAGGUAGAUGGUGAUCCAUUGUUGCAAAUUUUACAUUUUCUGUGCUGC